CGUCUUCUCGAUAACUUCACCAUCCCUCUCGAAUACUCUUGACGUAGCCAAAUCUCUUCCAAGUUACCGUCAGAAUGCCUAUCUCCAAGAUUCACGCCCGUUACGUCUACGACUCUCGUGGCAACCCCACCGUCGAGGUCGACCUCGUCACCGAGACCGGCCUCCACCGUGCCAUCGUUCCCUCCGGUGCUUCGACCGGUCAGCACGAGGCAUGCGAGCUCCGUGACGGUGACAAGUCCAAGUGGCUGGGCAAGGGUGUCCUGAAGGCCGUCGAGAAUGUCAACACCGUCCUCGGCCCUGAGCUGAUCAAGGCUGGCCUGGACGUCAAGGACCAGACCGCCGUGGACGAGUUCCUCAUCAAGCUCGACGGCACUGCCAACAAGACCAAGCUCGGCGCGAAUGCCAUCCUCGGUGUCAGUCUGGCUGUCGCCAAGGCCGGUGCCGCUGAGAAGGGUGUUCCCCUGUACGCUCACGUCUCCGACCUUGCUGGCACCAAGAAGCCCUACGUCCUCCCUGUUCCCUUCCAGAACGUCCUGAACGGUGGCUCCCACGCUGGUGGCCGUCUCGCCUUCCAGGAGUUCAUGAUUGUUCCUUCUGCCGCUCCCUCCUUCUCUGAGGGUCUGCGCUGGGGUGCCGAGACCUACCACCAGCUGAAGAGCCUGGCCAAGAAGAAGUACGGCCAGUCUGCCGGCAACGUCGGCGAUGAGGGUGGCGUCGCCCCCGAUAUCCAGACUGCCGAGGAGGCGCUCGAGCUCAUCUCCGAGGCCAUCGAGAAGGCUGGCUACACAGGCAAGAUGAAGAUUGCCAUGGACGUUGCCUCGUCCGAGUUCUACAAGGAGGACGUCAAGAAGUACGACCUCGACUUCAAGAACCCCGACUCGGACCCCAGCAACUGGCUCACCUACGAGCAGCUGGCCGCCCUGUACGCCGACCUCACCAAGAAGUACCCCAUCGUCUCGAUCGAGGACCCCUUCGCCGAGGAUGACUGGGAGGCCUGGAGCUACUUCUACAAGACCCAGGACAUCCAGCUCGUUGCUGAUGACCUGACCGUCACCAACCCCAUCCGCAUCAAGAAGGCCAUCGAGCUCAAGGCCGCCAACGCCCUGCUGCUCAAGGUCAACCAGAUCGGUACCCUGACCGAGUCCAUUCAGGCCGCCAAGGACUCGUACGCUGACGGCUGGGGUGUCAUGGUCUCUCACCGCUCUGGUGAGACCGAGGAUGUCACCAUUGCCGACAUUGUCGUCGGUAUCCGGGCUGGCCAGAUCAAGACUGGUGCCCCUGCCCGGUCUGAGCGCCUUGCCAAGCUCAACCAGAUUCUCCGCAUUGAGGAGGAGCUCGGCUCGAACGCCAUCUACGCUGGCGAGGACUUCCGCAAGUCUGUUACCCUGUAAAGCGGGAGUUUGAAGGACGACGACGUCUUCACACAGACCAAAUCAUGUUGGAAGCGUCAAUGAGAUGAGGGAGCACGCGUGUUUGAUUUUGGCCGGUAGUUAGUGAAGCGUGUCCAGCAUGCUCCGCCACCGAAACGCAGAUGAAUACUCUGCGAAGCAUUACCUAAGAGAGAUGCCUCAACAAUAAAAAGUUAUGAUGACCAUGA